AUCGUCUCCCCUCUGGAUGAAGCCACAGCAGUCAAGAUGCAGACUAUAAAGACAGUGGAGACCCAGGUGCCCUUUCUGAAAGAGAGUUUCUUCACCACCACUUUCAAAGGCAGGAGGAAGAGCAGCGUUACCAACCUCCUCCGAAAACAACAGCACUCACUCCUCAAUCAACAACAGCAGCAACAGCAGUGCAUUUUAGAGCAUCAGCAGCAGCAUCCUAAGCAAUUUCUUUCCCCUUCAGUCGAGAAUGGACAAGGGCAGCAGACUCCGGAGCAUCAGAGGCUUGCUCGCUCGACCAGCAGCCCGUUAUGCAAGACAGCCGAGCGUGCAGGAGCAGAUGGGGAUAGAAAGGAGGGGCAAACAGAGAGGAAGGAUGAGAGAGUGAGAGAGGCAGUGCAGGGCAGGGGGGGAGAGCGAGGAGUGAGUGGUUGCGAGCCCGCGGCUGUCAGUGCCAGUCUCCUCCUCCUUUCAUCAUCAGCAUCAGCGGCGCGGGGGGAAGCAGCAUCAUUCUCACAGCUGCCUUUAACUGUGGUGAGCAGACAGCAGGGAUUAAGCAGCUCUGAUAGGGCUCUGACCAACAGAGGACCAGCACUAGCAGCAGCCCAAGAGGAAGCCCAGCAUGCCCAGCCUCGACCCCAGCAGCAUGGCCUGUUAGCCAAGGGUGUUCGCCUGCUCAGGAACAUGGGGAACCAGGAAACGAAGCACAAGAAAGGAGGAGGAAGUGGUGGCGUGGCAGGGGAUGUCUCCUGCGAGGGCGAUGCUGAUGAGAGGGAAGUGGAUAAAAAAUCAAAAAAGUCCCAAAGUAAGACAAGUAAAGGAGGAGAAAAUGGUAGUAAGAAGAAAUCCAAGCCAGAGUCAAAGGGUUCUGUGUUUUCCGGCAUGAAGAUCAGGAAGAGUUUAUCAAAGGGGAAAGCGUUGUCUAAGGAUGACAUGUUGGACGAUGGGAGGUCAGCACACUUGGGCAAACCAGGGCUCAAGCCCGGUGCAGAGGCGAGUCUGUCAGCUGAUGAGAUGGGAAUGCUAUCAGAUGUCGAGGGGAAUCUAUGCCGUCUAACUGCAGACAGUCACCAAUCUGUGGCGGAUGAGAUCGGCCGAAAGACAAGCUCGGGGUCGGAUGCUGACCUUUACAGUUUUCACUCGGCAGCAGCUGAAAAUGAAGACCUACUUUCUGACAUCCAACAGGCCAUAAGAGACCAAUGUGGGGUGAGUGACAGGCUGGAAAUACUGACUGGAGAGUCAACAUCCGAGGGGAGCAAAGCCCCUGAAAAAUCUCACCAGCUUUUUAAUCUGGAUAAGGAAGCUUUGUCUCGCACUGUUGGUGGUGAAUCUGUACCACAAGAAGUAAGCGAAGAGUGUAAUAAUUUAGAGAACGAAAGUCGUGUUGUACCCAUAUCAAGAAAUUCAUCUGGUCCAGUGUCGCUGAGUGAAAGUGGUCCAGCAUCUUCAGGCCAGGACACAGAGAGAAGCAGUGGCAGCCUUUUCCCAAAGACCAACAGCACAUAUAGCUUUCCUGACACUACAGCCACCAGCACCUCGUAUGAGAGCGCCGAGGAGCCCCAGGAUGACCUGGAGAGCCCAGUUCUGCAGCCAGAUAAUCAGGCUGCACAGAGCACAAACCUGUGUGUGCCAAGUGUCCACUUGGAUCCCAUCGUGGCAGGGGCGGGGCCGAUGGGGCCUCACAAGAGUGUGAGCAGCAUGGACCUGUCUAUGGAGGUGGAGGAGGAAGAGGAAAUUGGGAAACGGGACUUCCUGUCGCUGAGAAGGAGGAAGGGCAGUUUGUCUAUUAGUCAGCUAACAGCAGAAGGUCCCUCUGUUUCUCAACCGAGACGGACGUCCUCCACCACCUCCCCCUCAACUGUCAAACUCUACCCUCCAGUCCACCCCUCUUAUGUGAAGACCACCACCAGGCAGCUGACCUCUCCAAUUGGCUCCCCACUCACCAGCCCCAAUGUGCCCAGGAAAACAGAUGCCACCAUUGCUUCAGGAGACUUUAGUGGGUCCCAGGGUCUUAGGAGGCACAAGCAGAGGUCUUGCUCCAUCGCUGGGCCCCUAGGUGAGUCUGCAGACUGGUUCACAGAGCUGGAUAAACUGAGAGAGAGGCAGGUUGGUGGGGCCAAAUUUCCAGAGCAGGAGAUGCCAGAGAGGAGCUACACAGGUGGGACGUACUGGACACUGGGCUCCAGGAGAGCACAUUAUGGACGGCACACCUCCUCUACCACUGUACCCUACCUGGAUGUCUUCUCUGGUCGCUCUCUUUUGGACUGGCUGUGCACUCAUCGGGGGGAUGGGUCGACAGAAGAGGAGGCGAAGGAACUGUGUCACCGAAUGCUGGUCCAGGGUCUGUUGCACCCCUUCAGCGACAGCACAGCAGAGCUCCAUGGUGAAGGCACUGUCUCAGCAGUCUUUAAUGAGGAGCAGCUGUACACCUGGGCGUCUGUAGGUCUGCCAGUGUCUUCUCACCUGUGGGAACUCUAUGGGGGACGAGCCACAGGCAGGGAGCAGAGCUUGAGGUCCCCUUUGAAUCAAUCAUCAGCCAAGACAGCGGGAGUGCUACACUCUCAGGCAGAAUCCAGCAGGUUGAAGUCAGGUCAGUCGUCCUCAGAGGAUGAAAGCAGUCUCAUCCCUCAGCUGGAGAGGACCAUCGAUGACCUGCGGAUUAAUAUUGCUGUGUUGCAGGGCCAGCAGGCCUCCUUGGCAAAGGGCAGCGGGGAUAAUGUGGGAGCUCUGGCCGCAGCCCACCACAAGGCCUCACAGAUGAGAGGAGGAAGAUUGGGGAAGAUGAGCCAGGAGGUGUCUGUCCAGACCUCACCUGUGGAGGAGGGCUUUAAGUUUGACGUGCCUUUCAGCGGAGGAUCAGGCAGCGUGUCGUCUUCUGUUUCAUCCUCCGUCCCCAAAUCUACAGAGAGCUUUGUCUGCACGUGCCAGCAGAGGCAACAGAGCAGUGCUCAUCCUCCUCCACCUCCCCCUCCUAUCUCUGGAGGUAUGCCCCCACCUCCACCACCACCUCCACCUUUACCAGGGGGUGUCGCUCCUCCUCCACCACCACCUCCCCCGCCCUUACCCGGGCUUGGACCUUGUCCACCGCCACCUCCCCCUCCUCCUCCACCACCAGGAUUUGGACCACCACCGCCACCUCCUCCCCCUCCUGGUUUCGGACCUCCACCCCCACCUCCUCCACCGCCGGGUAUGGGCCCUCCUCCACCACCCCCUCCACCAGGAAUGGGCCCCCCUCCACCACCGCCACCCCCAGGCUUUGGGCCUCCACCACCGCCCGGCCCCAUGCCCUCCAUGAUGGUCCAGGAAGCUGCCCCUGCCAAGGCUGUGAUAGAGCCCCCCAAGCCAAUGAAGCCACUCUACUGGACACGCAUACAGCUGAAUGCUAAAAAGUCCACUGGCCCUCUGGUGUGGGAGACAAUCACAGAACCAAGUGUGGACUUUGAAGAAUUUGUGGAUCUGUUUGCCAAAAGUGCUGUUAAGGAAAAGAAAAAGCCAAUUUCGGACACGAUCAGCAAGUCCAAGGCCAAGCAGGUGGUGAAGCUGUUGAACAACAAGCGUUCGCAGGCUGUGGGUAUUCUGAUGUCGAGCAUUCAUCUUGACAUGAAGGACAUCCAGAAUGCGGUUCUAAAUAUGGACAACGCUGUCGUUGAUCUGGAGACUCUGCAAGCCCUUUAUGAAAAUAGAGCUCAAAAUGAUGAGAUGGAUAGCAUUAACAAGCAUAUUAAAUCAUCCAAAGACAAGGAGGAUGCCAAGCCACUGGACAAGCCUGAACAGUUUCUACUCCAGUUAUCCCAAAUCCCCAACUUCUCUGAGCGAGUGUUCUGCAUCCUGUUUCAGUCAACUUUCCAUGAAUGUAUCACCUCAAUCCUCCGUAAAGUAGAAAUCCUUCAGAGAGUGUGCAAGACUCUCGAGAGUGGUAAGUGUGUAUUUCAGGUGCUUGGCCUAGUGCUGGCUUUUGGCAACUUCAUGAACGGAGGUAAUCGGUCCCGAGGGCAGGCCGACGGCUUCACCUUGGACAUCCUGCCAAAACUGAAGGACGUUAAGAGCAGUGAUAACUCCCAGAGUCUUUUGUCCUACAUUGUUGCUUACUAUCUAAGGCACUUUGAUGAGGAUGCAGGCAGAGAGACGUGUGUCUACUCUCUGCCUGAGCCCCAGGACCUUUUCCAGGCCUCCCAGAUGAAGUUUGAGGACUUUCAAAGAGAUCUGCGCAAGCUGAAGAAAGACCUCAAUGCAUGCUCAGCUGAGACCGAGAAAGUGUGCAAGUUGUCGUCUGAAGAGAACCUGCAACCCUUUAAGGACAAGAUGGAUGAAUUUCUCAGCCAAGCCAAAACCGAACUGGAAACACAAGAGAAGCAGCUGGCAGACACUCAGAAGAUCUUCUUGGAGUUGUGCGUGUCCUUCUCAGUUAAACCCAAGGCAGGAGAGAAAGAAGUCUCUCCCAACACUUUCUUCUCCAUUUGGCACGAGUUUUCCUCUGAUUUUAAAGAUCAAUGGAAAAAGCAGAAUAAGCUGAUGUUACAGGAGAGGGUCAAAAUGGCUGAAGAGUGCUUCAAACAGGCCAAGGAGAAGGCUUCCUACAACGUGAAACCCAAACAUGCAACUGGAAUAAAAGCAAAGCUGGGUCAGAAGAUCUGAAGCACAGAACGGAAAAUUAUCAUCACCCAGCCUAUUGCACAAGCACUGUUUGUACAAUCUAACGUGACUCAUCAGUCACUUUUACAACAUGUAUUUUGCUUCCGGUAUUUGUUUUCAAUUGAUUUAGACCUGUUGUUUAUUGAGAGUUGGUUCAAAGUGGAUAUUAUAUUGUUUAAAAGUGGACUGAAUAAUGACAUUCUCAGCCACCCUUUCAUAGCGCUCGCAUAAUUAAAUGAAAUACUACUACCAAAAGACAUCCGUGGGCUGGGAUGAUUAAAUGCGGUUGAGUCAUUUACUAGAAAAUGCCAGAAAAUGCUCUGUGGAGUCUGAAAUUUGUAAUAACAAUAUAUCCAAGCUUUUUUCAGAGUUUUAUAAGCCAUAUGAAGCCUAUUUUCUUUUUUAGUACAAUUCCCAAGCCUAGUUUACUUGGAAGGCACGAGCACUUCCUCUUUAUAUCUCCCUUAAUGGUGAAAAGCAAAGAAUUUUAUAACAUUUCUACACAGUAGGUAUGAAUCACCUGCCAGACAGGAAGUGCCUUAUCGCACAGUGGAGGGGUCAAGUCAGUGCUGCAGAGCAGAGCUAACUUUUGAGACAUAUCAUCUGUAAUUACAUGUUACAUAGAAAUCUGUUUUACAUAGCCGGAAACAUGACAGAUGUUCCUUUUUUUAAUAGUUUCAUCAAGUUUGUUUCAGAGCGUAGUGAUAAUUAUACAUGUGUUUCACAUCUCUGUUGUGGUUUAGUUUGUCUGUUCAUUAAAAAAAGCCACGCAUACCUUAGUGGUGUCAUCUGCUACAGACCGACUAUUGUUUAUUCAGCAUCAUCAACAUGCUUUGUUUCAAGCAAAAUCCUAUGCAGUUAGUUUUGCCUUUCCUACAUGUGUGUGUACGAACUACCAUAAUGCAAAUGGAGCAAUAGGACCAUGUGACGUGAUGUGACGUUCAUGUGCAAUACCAACAAUGUGUUUUGACUGAAUACCCUUGACCAUGA